GCAAAACAUGUGUUGUAUUUGUUAUGAAUCAUGUGUUCGUUAUUUUAGUUGUUUUUUUGUGACCAAAACAUCACCGAAAAUGUGUUCGCGAGAGAGACCUAACGUAUUGAUCACCGGAACGCCGGCGACGGGCAAGACAUCCAUCUGUGAGCGCAUCCGAAGACAAUUACCCGACUAUGAGGUGAUGGAUGUCUCGCACUUCUGCCGCAACAACGGCUGCAUUGAGUCUCACGACAACCACUUAGACACCGAUAUCAUCGACGAAGACAUGUUGGACGAGAAGCUGUCGCCGGCCAUCGCUUCCGGCGGUUAUCUCGUUGACCAUCACUCGCCGUCUCUGAUCGCCAAAGAGCUGAUCGACGUGGUAUUCAUAAUGCGCUGCAAUAAUACUCUACUCUACGAUCGACUCAAAGAGAGGUCUUAUAGCGAGGUUAAGAUCACCGCUAAUAUUGAGUGCGAGAUCUUCGAGACCAUUGUUGAGGAAGCGGUCGAAUGGUUUGGAUCUGAUGUCUGCCAUCAGUUGACUAAUGAAACGGAGGAGGAAUUGGACACAAAUUGUCAGAAGAUUUGCGAUUGGAUUCAGAAAUACAAACCGAAAUAAUUGUUAUAUUUAUCGCAC